GAGAGAGAGACGAAGAUGAAGUUGAGAUCUGGUGAAAUUGUAGGAGAGAGUAGGAAGAGGAAAGCUCCGGAGGGAGACGAUAAUGGUGGACUGAAGAGACGAUCGGUCGAGAGCAACGAAAAUAAGAACGAUCUUCAGAGAGAUGAAGAUGGUAGAGUGAAGAGAAGAAUCGUUCAUGGCAACGAACUGAAGAACGGGAAGAUCCUCAGAGGGAUCCAUGGCUGUGUAUCUCCUCGGUGCUCUGCUCAUACUUACCAGCCUCGCUUCUCAUGGUUUGAGCAAGAUGUAUGGACAUACAUAACAAGGUUUUUGGAUGGUAAAUCCUUGGUGAUGCUGGGAGCAACGAACAAAUGGUUCAACAAGCUCGUAAUGGAGGAUAUUGUUUGGAGGUUUGCCUGCUUGCGUGAUCUUCAGGUCCCUGAGACGUUUCCCGUUUCUUCCAGCUGGAUUAAGAUAUAUGCUUCAGCUUUUGAUGGGAGUCACUCUUACUUGUUCCGUCAGAAGGAGAAGCAUAUUGAUUGGAUGCGGAUUGGUGCCUUUCUACUUGACUCUCGAAGCUCGCUCCUGACUGAGAGUUUGAGUGGUCAUCUGAAAGUCCCAAGGGAUGGAACCAUAGACCGAAUGUUACAAUCCAGUGGUUCAUGUGUCAUCAACGACAUCAAAAGUGGUAUUUGGAUUGCAGAUUUACAGCUUGUGCGUUGCCCUGUUUGUGACCUCAGUACCUGUGAUGGAACAAUGCAAACACUUGAUGCUAGGCACAUGGAACUGUUCCUCAGUGAAGGCUACAAAGAUGGAAGCUGGGAUUACAAUCUUAUUGGAUCUCAUAAGUUACAGAAAGACGCAGGUGCAGCUUGUGGAGCCAUAUUUGAUCUCAAACACCUUAAAGAGUCGUCAUCCUCAGGUAUUCUCAACCUCAAGUCUUGGACCGGAGAGCCAGAUGAUUCCCAACCUAAAGCAGUUAUCGCACCCCACGCUGUCGCUGUUCACACAAGACUGCAAGAAAACGAAGGAAUCCUUGUGAAAUACCACACAAUGAAAGCAGGAACAGACGGUGACAUUGUUUCCAUCAGAAUUUCCCAGCAGCUUCUCUGAUUCCUUCAC